AUGGCGAGGCAGCUGCUCGUGGUGGCGAUGAUAGUUGUGGCGGUUGUCGCGCUCUUGUCUGCAGUGCCGAUGGUCGCAUCUAGCCCGUCCUGUCUGGACGAAAACGGACGGCCCUUCAAAGCUGAUGGAAAAAUUGCUGUGGUUGUCAGGAUCAUGGUGAAGGUGCCCACCCUGUCCAUGAGCUCCGAUCCCAACGCCGCAAGCGAGCCCCACGCUGAAGCUCACCGACAAGCGGCUGGAUACGAACAAGCGCGGGGCGCUGGGUGGCACCCUGGCGCAGGUGUACGCUGCGUCCCAGUCCAAGCACGGCUGGCUCCUCUACAAUG